AUCAUGCCAAUGGCCCCCGACUCAUAUCCACCAGUAGACCGUUGUGAAUCGAUUGGACGCGACAAACACACGGUUGUCGCCGACAUGGACGGGACCCUUCUUUGCGGCCGUAGUUCCUUUCCUUACUUCGCAUUGGUUGCUUUCGAGGGUGGUGGUAUUCUUAGGCUCUUUUUCUUGCUUAUUGCCUCCCCUUUGGCUGGCUUCUUGUACUAUUUCGUCUCGGAGUCCGCGGGUAUUCAAGUCCUCAUCUUCGCAACAUUUGCGGGGAUGAGGAUUUCGGAUAUCGAGUCUGUGGCUCGGGCAGUCCUGCCCAAGUUUUACUCGGAGGACCUUCAACCCGAGACAUGGAGGGUGUUCUCGUCGUGCGGGAGGAGGUGCGUGUUGACCGCGAACCCUAGGAUCAUGGUGGAACCGUUCUUGAAGGAGUAUUUAGGUGCGGAUUUGGUUUUGGGGACUGAAGUGGGGAGUUAUAAGGGGAUAGCCACUGGCUUGGUUUCGGGUAGAGGGGUGUUGGUUGGGAAACAUAAGGCCGAUGCUCUUCGAAAAACGUUUGGAGAUGGACUAGUCGUUGAUGUUGGUCUUGGUGAUAGAAAAACCGACCACCCUUUCUUGAAACUAUGCAAGGAAGGGUACAUGGUUCCGGCUAACCAGAAAGUAAAACCCGUCGGCGUCGACAAACUACCGAAGCCGAUCAUCUUCCACGACGGUCGCCUGGUUCAAAAACCAACUCCUCUGAAAUCCCUCCUCCUAAUUCUAUGGAUCCCAAUCGGAUUCAUCCUCGCAUGUUUACGAAUCGCCGCCGGAUCACUUCUCCCAAUGCCCCUCGUUUACUACGCUUUCUGGGCACUCGGCGUUCGCGUCACAAUCAAAGGAACCCCACCGCCGCCGGCGAUGAAAUCCACCGGCCAAACCGGCGUUCUCUUCGUCUGUUCCCACCGUACACUCCUCGACCCAAUAUUCCUCUCAACCGCCCUCGGCCGUCCAAUCCCCGCCGUAACCUAUUCCCUCUCCCGCCUCUCCGAAAUCAUUUCCCCAAUCAAAACCGUCCGACUCAACCGCGACCGAAUCAAGGAUGCAAAUAUGAUCAAGAAACUUCUAGAAGAAGGGGAUUUAGUAAUCUGUCCUGAAGGAACCACCUGUAGAGAACCAUUCUUACUUCGAUUCUCUGCCCUUUUCGCGGAGCUAACUGACGAGCUUGUUCCCGUAGCUAUGACGAAUAAGAUGAGUAUGUUUCAUGGGACUACAGCUAGGGGAUGGAAAGGGAUGGAUCCGUUUUAUUUCUUUAUGAACCCUAGUCCUGGAUAUGAAGUUAGUUUCUUGAACAAGCUGCCGGUGGAGCUAACUUGUGGGUCCGGCGGGAAAUCGAGCCAUGAAGUGGCGAAUUAUAUACAGAGGAUGCUGGCGGCGGCAUUGUCAUAUGAAUGCACUGGAUUCACUCGCAAGGAUAAAUACAGAGCUUUGGCUGGCAAUGAUGGUAUAGUGGAGGAGAAGAAGACAACCCUAAAACAUAAAAAACUAAUAAUGGGAUGCUAA